GUAUAUUUUUGUGGAAUGAAAAGGAAGUAUUAGAAAUGAGCUGAAGACCAUUCACAGAUUAAUAUUUUUGGGGACAGAUUUGUGAUGCUUGAUUCACCCUUGAAGUAAUGUAGACAGAAGUUCUCAAAUUUGCAUAUUACAUCAACUGGAACCAGCAGUGAAUCUUAAUGUUCACUUAAAUCAGAACUUGCGUAAGAAAGAGAAUGGGAGUCUGGUUAAAUAAAGAUGACUAUAUCAGAGACUUGAAAAGGAUCAUUCUCUGUUUUCUGAUAGUGUAUAUGGCCAUUUUAGUGGGCACAGAUCAGGAUUUUUACAGUUUACUUGGAGUAUCCAAAACUGCAAGCAGUAGAGAAAUAAGACAAGCUUUCAAGAAAUUGGCAUUGAAGUUACAUCCUGAUAAAAACCCGAAUAACCCAAAUGCACAUGGCGAUUUUUUAAAAAUAAAUAGAGCAUAUGAAGUACUCAAAGAUGAAGAUCUACGGAAAAAGUAUGACAAAUAUGGAGAAAAGGGACUUGAGGAUAAUCAAGGUGGCCAGUAUGAAAGCUGGAACUAUUAUCGUUAUGAUUUUGGUAUUUAUGAUGAUGAUCCUGAAAUCAUAACAUUGGAAAGAAGAGAAUUUGAUGCUGCUGUUAAUUCUGGAGAACUGUGGUUUGUAAAUUUUUACUCCCCAGGCUGUUCACACUGCCAUGAUUUAGCUCCCACAUGGAGAGACUUUGCUAAAGAAGUGGAUGGGUUACUUCGAAUUGGAGCUGUUAACUGUGGUGAUGAUAGAAUGCUUUGCCGAAUGAAAGGAGUCAAUAGCUAUCCCAGUCUCUUCAUUUUUCGGUCUGGAAUGGCCCCAGUGAAAUAUCAUGGAGACAGAUCAAAGGACAGUUUAGUGAGUUUUGCAAUGCAGCAUGUUAGAAGUACAGUGACAGAACUUUGGACAGGAAAUUUUGUCAACUCCAUACAAACUGCUUUUGCUGCUGGUAUUGGCUGGCUGAUCACUUUUUGUUCAAAAGGAGGAGAUUGUUUGACUUCACAGACACGACUCAGGCUUAGUGGCAUGUUGGAUGGUCUUGUUAAUGUAGGAUGGAUGGACUGUGCCACCCAGGAUAACCUUUGUAAAAGCUUAGAUAUUACAACAAGUACUACUGCUUAUUUUCCUCCUGGAGCCACUUUAAAUAACAAAGAGAAAAACCGUAUUUUGUUUCUCAACUCAUUGGAUGCUAAAGAAAUAUAUUUGGAAGUAAUACAUAAUCUUCCAGAUUUUGAACUACUUUCGGCAAACACACUAGAGGAUCGUUUGGCUCAUCAUCGGUGGCUGUUAUUUUUUCAUUUUGGAAAAAAUGAAAAUUCAAAUGAUCCUGAGCUGAAAAAACUAAAAACUCUACUUAAAAAUGAUCAUAUUCAAGUUGGCAGGUUUGACUGUUCCUCUGCACCAGACAUCUGUAGUAAUCUGUAUGUUUUUCAGCCGUCUCUAGCAGUAUUUAAAGGACAAGGAACCAAAGAAUAUGAAAUUCAUCAUGGAAAGAAGAUUCUAUAUGAUAUACUUGCCUUUGCCAAAGAAAGUGUGAAUUCUCAUGUUACCACGCUUGGACCUCAAAAUUUUCCUGCCAAUGACAAAGAACCAUGGCUUGUUGAUUUCUUUGCCCCUUGGUGUCCACCAUGUCGAGCUUUACUACCAGAGUUACGAAGAGCAUCAAAUCUUCUUUAUGGUCAGCUUAAGUUUGGUACAUUAGAUUGUACAGUUCAUGAGGGACUCUGUAACAUGUAUAACAUUCAGGCUUAUCCAACAACAGUGGUAUUCAACCAGUCCAACAUUCAUGAGUAUGAAGGACAUCACUCUGCUGAACAAAUCUUGGAGUUCAUAGAGGAUCUUAUGAAUCCUUCAGUGGUCUCCCUUACACCUACCACCUUCAACGAACUAGUUACACAAAGAAAACACAACGAAGUCUGGAUGGUUGAUUUCUAUUCUCCGUGGUGUCAUCCUUGUCAAGUCUUAAUGCCAGAAUGGAAAAGAAUGGCCCGGACAUUAACUGGACUGAUCAAUGUGGGCAGUAUAGAUUGCCAACAGUAUCAUUCUUUUUGUGCCCAGGAAAACGUUCAAAGAUACCCUGAGAUAAGAUUUUUUCCCCCAAAAUCAAAUAAAGCUUAUCAGUAUCACAGUUACAAUGGUUGGAAUAGGGAUGCUUAUUCCCUGAGAAUCUGGGGUCUAGGAUUUUUACCUCAAGUAUCCACAGAUCUAACACCUCAGACUUUCAGUGAAAAAGUUCUACAAGGGAAAAAUCAUUGGGUGAUUGAUUUCUAUGCUCCUUGGUGUGGACCUUGCCAGAAUUUUGCUCCAGAAUUUGAGCUCUUGGCUAGGAUGAUUAAAGGAAAAGUGAAAGCUGGAAAAGUAGACUGUCAGGCUUAUGCUCAGACAUGCCAGAAAGCUGGGAUCAGGGCCUAUCCAACUGUUAAAUUUUAUUUCUACGAAAGAGCAAAGAGAAAUUUUCAAGAAGAGCAGAUAAAUACCAGAGAUGCAAAAGCAAUCGCUGCCUUAAUAAGUGAAAAAUUGGAAACUCUCCAAAAUCAAGGCAAGAGGAAUAAGGAUGAACUUUGAUAAUGUUGAAGAUGAAGAAAAAGUUUAAAAGAAAUUCUGACAGAUGACAUCAGAAGACACCUAUUUAGAAUGUUACAUUUAUGAUGGGAAUGAAUGAACAUUAUCUUAGACUUGCAGUUGUACUGCCAGAAUUAUCUACAGCACUGGUGUAAAAGAAGGGUCUGCAAACUUUUUCUGUAAAGGGCCGGUUUAUAAAUAUUUUAGACUUUGCAGGCUAUAUGGUUCACACAUGAGAACAAGAAUAGAGUCAUCAUGUAUUCUUUGUUAUUUGCUUUUAACAACCUUUAAAAAAUAUUAAAACGAUUCUUAGCUCAGAGCCAUACAAAAGUAGGCCGGAUUCAGUCCAUGGACCAUAGAUUGCUGUCCCCCUCUAUGGACUUAUGAUGUUUCAGGUGGCUGGCUUGAACAUGAGUCUGCUGUGCUAUUAUCUACAUAAAUGUCUAAGUUGUAUAAAGUCCACUUUCCCUUCAUGUUUUUUGGCUGGCCUGAAAAGAGGUAACUUAGUUUUUGGUCACUUGUUCUCCUAAAAAUGCUAUCCCUGACCAUAUAUUUAUAUUUCGUUUUAAAAACACCCAUGAUGUGGCACAGUAAGCAAACCCUGUUAUGCUAUAUUAUUAUGAAGAGAUUCUUCAUUGUUUUCUUUCCUUCUCAAAGGUUGAAAAAAUGCUUUUAAUUUUUCACAGCCGAGAAACAGUGCAGCAGUAUAUGUGCACACAGUAAGUACACAAAUUUGAGCAACAGUAAGUGCACAAAUUCUGUAGUUUGCUGUAUCAUCCAGGAAAACCUGAGGGAAAAAAAUUAUAGCAAUUAACUGGGCAUUGUAGAGUAUCCUAAAUAUGUUAUCAAGUAUUUAGAGUUCUAUGUUUUAAAGAUAUAUGUGUUCAUGUAUUUUCUGAAAUUGCUUUCAUAGACAUUUUCCCACUGAUAGUUGAUUUUUGAGGCAUCUAAUAUUUACAUAUUUGCCUUCUGAACUUUGUUUUGACCUGUAUCCUUUAUUUACAUUGGGUUUUUCUUUCAUAGUUUUGGUUUUUCACUCCUGUCCAGUCUAUUUAUUAUUCAAAUAGGAAAAAUUACUUUACAGGUUGUUUUACUGUAGCUCAUAAUGAUACUGUAGUUAUUCCAGUUACUAGUUUACUGUCAGAGGGCUGCCUUUUUCAGAUAAAUAUUGACAUAAUAACUGAAGUUAUUUUUAUAAGAAAAUCAAGUAUAUAAAUCUAGGAAAGGGAUCUUUUAGUUUCUGUGUUGUUUAGACUCAAAGAAUCACAAAUUUGUCAGUAACAUGUAGUUGUUUAGUUAUAAUUCGGAGUGUACAGACUGGUAAAAAUUCCAAUCAGUCAAAAGAGGUCAGUGAAUUAAAAGGUUUGCAAUUUUUUUCAAAAACCUGUUAGAAUAUGCUUUAUUGUGUUUUGAAGAGUUUUCCUUUUUUUCUUUUCAAUAUCACUUUAUCCUGCUCACCAGUAUUUCCUCAUAAAGGUUAUUAUAGCCAUAAUUAAUGUUAAAAUAGACUUUGUUCUUCAUAUUCUCCCAUCUUUUUCUCUACUAUAUACUCAACUCUGUCUGGAUUCUGCUGUAUGCCUGUGGGCAUAUAUGGAACAGUCACCACUUGUCACACUUAACACCAGCUUUUUGAAUUAUGAUCAGUAAUGGCAAGAGCCUUUCAUUCUCGAAUGUUUAAAGCCUAGGAGUUCUACAAAAUUGGCUUCUUUCUACAAGAAUCCCAAAAUGGAAUGCCUAAAGAAGUCUUACUUGGGUAAAUACUUACUGAAAUAUACUGGUUAUGUGCAUAUCACCACACUGGACACUGAGGAGUGUACGAAAGGAAUCCAAGACAUGGUCCCCAUCUUCCAACUGUCUGUAAUUCACUGUUUUGUCACUGAGCUCAUAAGGUACUUACAUUACUACCUAUAAAUGUUUCCUACACUUGUUAGUUGUUGAGAAACAUUUUAGGCAGUAAAUAAAAUAGUAAAUAUUAUGUGUCCUAUAAUUUGACCUAAGCUGUGUGCCUUUGGAAUCAGCUCUAAGCCAGGGCCCCCUGGGAGUCAUGUUAAGAAACAUGUAUCAUAAAGUGACAUACAUCAAGGUUAUCUUAUAUAGUCAUAACAGUAUUAUUGGGUCUUUCAAAAACAGCUGGCAGAUUGAGCUUUUAAUGGCUAUAUUGAUACAGUAGAUAGAGCACCUCUAAGGAGUACCAGGUAUAAUGUGCCAUUUCUCUCAGCAACACCAUUUUUGUGUGCAGCUGACCCUCUAACAUGGUAUCAAUUCCAGCUGACCAAAGCACAUUCUAUCAAUCAGGCAGCCAGCCUUGGAAAUUAGGUCCAUUUAAAGUAUGUGGCUUACAGCCAGGUAUGGUGGUGUGCGCCUAUUGUCCCAUCUACUUGAGAGGCUGAGGCAGGAGGGAUUGCUUGGGCUCAGGAUUUUGAAUGCAGCCUGGGCAACAUAGCAAGACCCCAUCUCUAAUAAAUAAAUUAUGUUUUGGGCAUUAAUGAUGUUUGUCUAUUCUAAUUUCUCAAAUUUUAUUUAGGUCUUUCAUAGCUUUUUUAUUUAAAGGUAUAUGAUUAAGAUAAAGGAAAAGUAAAAUGAAAUGUUUAUGUAAUCUUAUAUUCUCAAAAUUUUCUUUAAAUUUGCUCUGUUUUCUGACAGUGCUGAAAGUGGGAAUUUUUUUAGAAGUACGGUUAUCAAAAAAAACACAUUUCCUAUGGGACACACAUUUCAAAGAUGUUUAGUACGAUAAAAUUUUUAGUAAAAGGGUAGCACUUUUAAGUCAUUUGAAUAGAAUCUUUGUGUAAUAUUUAGUCUAGUGUUAGUCCUUAAAUCUGCCAACAAAACCAGAGAGAUGUCUUAAAGUAGGCACAUUUAUUCCAUUGUGACUGUUAAGAAAUAAUAAAAGAUUAAAUUAACAAAAUGCAUUUUAAAUUUUUAUACCUAUAGAAUAAAAAUUGAUAAUGAAGAUGAAAAGUAAAUAACCUUUCUGAUAAUAUUCUACUUUACACAUAUACUGAAAACUUACUUACAUAUACCCAAAUUCUUCUAGUGAAGAAGAAGUUUGUAAUAUGGUUUGAGUGAGUAUUUGUCCCCUCCAAAUCUCAUGUUGAAAUAUGAUCCCCAGUGUUGGAUAUGGGGCCUGGUGGGAGAUGUUUGGGUGAUGGGGGCUGAUCCCUCAUAAAUGGCUUUGUGCCUUCCCCAGUGGUAAUGAGUUCCUGCUGUGUUUGUUCCUGCAAGAGCUGGUUGUUAAAAGGAACUUGGCACCACCACCUCCUCUCUUUUUCGCUCCUUCUCUGUGUGACAUGCCUUCUUCCCCCGUGCCUUCUGCCAUGAGUAAAAGCUCCCUGAGACCUCACCAGAAGCUGAGCAGAUGCUGGUGCCAUGUUUUUACAGCCUGCAGAACUGCAAGUCAAAUAAACGUUUUCUUUAUAAGGUAACCAGUCCCAGGUAUUCCUUCAUUGCAAUGCAAAACAGACUAAUACAGUUUCUUUUCAGUAAGAAUUACAAAAUUUAGGCCAAUGACCAAGCUGAGUAUAAAUUACUAAUCAUACAUAAAAAUGUGUUUCACUGGCUUGAGUCAUUUUUCUGUUUAACACUGAAUUUACACUUAGAUUCUUGUACUGUCACUGAGUCCCUUUGUAAACAGCUAGGUAUAUUUUGUGAAUGGAAACUAGCCAAAAAUACAGCCAAAGUCUCAACGCCAAACUGGUCUACAUCAGUAUGGACUCCAGAAAUGCAUCUUUCAACCACUUGAUUGCAUUAAGUAGUCAUUUGAGUGCAUCACCUAGUGGCCUGUGGUCCUGAAAGUUAGUAAUCAUCCCCAAAAAGGUCUGUGUUAAUUACUUAUGGACAAUCUUCAUUAAGCAACUGCUAUUUUUUUUUUAAUACUUCAAGUUCUGCAAUACAUGUGCAGAACGUGCAGGUUUGUUACAUAGGUAUACAUGUGCCAUGGUGGUUUGCUGCACCCAUCAACCUGUCAUCUACAUUAGGUAUUUCUUCUGAUGUUGUCCUUCCCCUUGCCCCCUACCCCGCCGACAGGCCCCAGUGUUGAUGUUCCCCUCCCUGUGUCCAUAUGUUCUCAUUGUUCAACUCCCACUUAUGAGUGACAACAUGUAGUGUUUGGUUUUCUGUUCCUGUUAGUUUGCUGAGAAUAAUGGUUUCCGGCUUCAUCCCUGUCCCUGCAAAGGACAUGAACGCAUCCUUUUUUAUGGCUGCAUAGUAUUCCAUGGUGUGUUUGUGCCCGUUUCCUUAUCCAGUCUAACAUUGAUGGGCAUUUGGGUUGGUUCCAAGUCUUUCCUAUUGUGAAUAGUGCUCCAAUAAACAUACGUGUGCAUGUGUCUUUAUAGUAAAAUUAUUUAUAAUCCUUUAGGUAUAUACCCAGUAACAGGAUUGCUGGGUCAAAUGGUAUUUCUAUUUCUAGAUCCUUGGGGAAUCGCCACACUGUCUUCCACAAUGGUUGAACAAAUUUGCACUCCCACUAACAGUGUAAAAGCAUUCCUAUUUCUCCACAUCCUCUCCAGCAUCUGUUGUUUCCUCACUUUUUAAUGAUCGCCAUUCUAACUGAUGUGACAUGGUAUCUCAUUGUGUUUUUGAUUUGCAUUUCUCUAAUGACCACUGAUGAUGAGCUUUUUUUCAUAUCUUUGCUGGCCACCUAAAUGUCUUCUUUUGAGAAGUGUCUGUUCAUAUCCUUUGCCCACUUUUAAUGGGAUUUUUUUCUUGUAAAUUUAAGUUCCUUGUAGAUUCUGAAUAUUAGCCCUUUGUCAGAUGGAUAGAUUGCAAAAAUUUUCUCCCAUUCUUUAGGUUGCCUGUUCACUCUGAUCAUAGUUUGUUUUGCCAUGCAGAAGCUCUUUAAUUAGAUCCCAUUUAUCUGUUUUGGCUUUUGUUGCCAUUGCUUUUGGUGUUUUAGUCAUGAAGUCUUUGCCCAUGCCUAUGUCCUGCAUGGUGUUGCCUAGGUUUUCUUCUAGGUUUUUUAUGGUUUCAGAUCUUACAUUUAAGUCUUUAAUCUAUCAACUUAAUUUUUAUAUAAGGUGUAAGGAAGGGGUCCCAGUUUCAGUUUUCUACAUGUGGCUAGGCUGUUUUCCCAACAUCAUUUAUUAAAUAGGGAAUCCUUUCCCCAUUGCUUGUUUUUGUCAGGUUUGUCAAAGAUCAGAUGGUUGUAGAUGCGUGGCGUUAUUUCUGAGGGCUCUGUUCUGUUCCAUUGGUCUAUAGCUCUGUUUUGGUACCAGUACCAUGCUGUUUUGGUUACUGAGCCUUGUAGUAUAGUUUGUUCUUUUUGCUUAGGAUUGCCUUGGCUAUAUGGGCUCUUUUUUUUGGUUCCAUAUGAAAUUUAAAGUAGUUUUUUCCAAUUCUGUGAAGAAAGUCCUUGAUAGCUUGAUGGGGAUGGCAUUGAAUCUAUAAAUUACUUUGGGCAGUAUGACUAUUUCACGAUAUUAAUUCUUCCUAUCCAUGAGCAUGGAAUGCUUUUUCCAUUUGUUUCUGUCCUCUCUCAUUUCCUUGAGCAGUGGUUUGUAGUUCUUGAAGAGGUCCUUCACAUCCCUUGUAAGUUGGAUUCCUAGGUAUUUAAUUCUCUUUGUAGCAAUUGUGAAUGGGAGUUCACUCACGAUUUGGCUCUCUGUUUGUCAAUUAUUGGAGUAUAGGAAUGCUUGUGAUUUUUGCACAUUAAUUUUGUAUCCUGAGACUUUGCUGAAGUUGCUUAUCAGCUUAAGGAGUUUUUGGGCUGAGAUGAUGGGGUUUUCUAAAUAUAUAAUUAUGUCAUCUGCAAACAGAUAAUUUGACUUCCUCUCUUCCUGUUUGAAUACCGUUUCUUUCUCUUGCCUGAUUGUCCUGGCCAGAACUUCCAGUACAUAGGAGUGGUGAGAGAGGGCAUCCUUGUCAUGUGCCGGUUUUCAAAGGGAAUGCUUGCAGCUUUUGCCCAUUCAGUAUGAUAUUGACUGUGGUUUUGUCAUAAAUAACUCAUAUUAUUUUGAGAUAUGUUCCAUCAAUAUCUAGUUUUUUGAGUGUUUUUAGCAUGAAAGGGUGUUGAAUUUUAUCGAAGGCCUUUUCUGCAUCUAUUGAGAUAUUCAUGUUUUUGUCAUAACUGCUAUUUCAAAUGUUUGGAGGAAGUAAAAUGUCUUUAAAAGAAUAAGUGUUGAUUUUUGGAAAAUAUGAAAUUGAAAACUUAGAAAACUUGAAUUCUAAGUGGCUAUUUAUAUUACCAAGUGGUAAAACAUUAGCUAACUAAAACAUGGCUCUGAAGCCAGUUAACUAGCAACAAGUCCCACCUAUACAUUGAAAUAUCUUUCUCAGGUCAUUAGAUAAAGUAUAUGGCGUUAAGGCAAAAAAUACAUACACACACACAAAAAAUAUUUCAGCAGCCACUGCCAACUGAAAGUAAUAAAAUGAAACAAUUUGUUGGCUUUAAUGUAUUUAGGAAAAAUCAUUUAUUUACAAAACAUCUUCUCUUUCUUAUCAUGAAAAUUAUGAAGGUAAGGUAAAGUCUGUACCAUUUUUCCUCUAUUUUUGAGAAAUCUUAGAUUUAUCUUUACCAGUCUGUAACCCAGCUUUCUUGUUUUAUAUUUUAAAUAUACUUUCUAUUUUGUGACAGGAGUGAAAAAAUGUUUAAUGAUUUUAAACAUGUUUAUAUAUAUUUUUCAGACUUGGAACAGCAGUAUCUCAUGUUUUACUAUAAAAACUUGGGUAUAUUACUUGAAGAUCAACUAUAUUGUUAUUUUUAGUAUGUUAGCAAUUCACCUGUCAAUAAUCACCAAAGAACUCAAGAAUGAAUAACAUGAUCUAUCAAAAGGCCUAUAAUCUCAAUCAUCAUGUUAAGACUUUGGAAAGUUAAUUUGUAUUAAUUAACUAAUGUAAAUUAAUCCUAUCAAGUUAAUUUGUAAUAAAUUCAAGAUGCAAAAAGAAAACCUAUUUCACUACCGAAAUUAAAUAAACUUUAAAAUUCA